AUGUCGUCGAUGGACGGCGGGUCCUCCUCUGACCGAGCGUCUGUUCACGCUCCUGCACUCAAUGCUGACGCUCGUACUGCAUCAACCGAAGACAACCACACCACCUCCACUAAGCAAGGCUCAUCAUCCACUCUGGCCGCACCUUCCAAAGACGAUGCUGGUACCACACGCAGGAACAUCGACAAUCACAGCAGACCAGGCAGCAUCAUGGCACCUUCAGUCCAGUUCGACGAGCAAAGUCUACAGGCCACACCGUCCGCGCAUAGAAGGGGCGACAACAGCUCGUUGCCGACUUCACCAGCUCCCGGCUCCAGCUUUCUGAACGCCUCGCCGAAGGCCGGGCCAAAGUCAUCCGUCCACCACCGAAAGGAGGCGAGCGCACAAAAGUCCAAAAACGCUGGUCAUAGCCAUCUUCGCGAUAGCAGCAGGAUUUCAAGUCGAGGUUCAGCAGCAGGCAGCUCGGUCAAUCUUGCAGGGGGAAGUCGUAAUGCAACAGGCACCAGAAGGAGCCGAGCCAACCCUACCAUCGUCACUGUCCCAGUCUGGGCGCGUGACGAGUCGCCAAGCCCACCUCACUCACCCAUCGCAAGUCCGCAAACACACAGCAUCUCGAAAUCGCUACGUGACAUGGAAUCACUUUCUCUUCCAGCUGCCGAAAUGCAAUUCGACGGCAAUGGUCAACGCGGGCGUUCCUUAGAAAAGAAAUCGAACGAACCGACAGAGGAUACAAAGGUUCUUGGCAGGGACGGCGCCGCUUUUGAUCGUGCGGUCUCGCCCGAGGCGGUGAAUGAAGCAGAGGCCAAGGAAGCGCAAAGCGAAACACCUGACCGCUGGUGGACCUUCACGUUGCCGCAAAAGUACCGCUCACGUCUGCAUGAGCACCACCUGCGCAUGGCGCGAGACGACAAGCGCAAGCAAUCCGAAGCUCAGGAGAAGCUGGAUGACGACAAGACCGCCAAACAAAAUCAGAGCGGCAAGAAGAAGCAACAGCAGCGUCAAAACUCCAACUCUGACUCUGCACGAUCCGACGAGACCACCAGCAGCGAUGACGACACGAGCGACAUGGAAAUGCAGGAGCGCACCAGUCGGGAGCAACACAACUUGCACCACGGCUACGGCUUGGGCGCAGGACUUUGGGACGGAAUGGCAGCAGGCUUGGGCGCGAGCGGACUGCUCAACAAUCGACAGAAUAGCGAUGCCAAAGCCUCGUCUCGUCACCGUUCGACGAGCUUUCGCGACCAGCAGCGUCAAUCGUCUCCUUCGCCCGGCGGAACCUCGACGACGCGCACGGAUGAGCGCGAUCUGGAGAAGCAGCACAAGCACGACGACGAGCCAGAAUACCCGACCAUGUCAUUCAAAGCGAGGGUGGAGAACCCGGACGUGUUCACUGUGCAUCAACCAGCUACGCCGGGCUGGGCAUCGCCAUGGAAGCCGGAGGAGCGUGGCCACGGUGGCAUCAACGCGGCGGGCUACUUCCCACGAUCCGACACGGCUGGCUCGAAAGAUGGUCGGGCCAAGACGUGGUUCGAGGCUUGGAAGAACUUUUUGAUCCACAACCCCUUUGUGCCUCUUCUCUUCCGACUGAUCAACGUCGCCUUCACUGCGGCCACGUUGGCUGUUGCGAUCAAGUUGCUGAUCAUCCUCCGCUCGGAAGGCGCCAACGACGCGGUGGGCGCAUCUCCACUGCUCGCCAUCAUCUUUGCUCCUCUCAGUCUGGUGCACGUGGGCUUCCAGAUCUGGCUCGAGUACUUUGGACGACCCAUCGGACUGUGGACGGUGCAGUCCAAGCUGUCGUACACGGUGGUGGAGCUGGUGUUCAUCUGCCUCUGGUCGGCAGAGCUGGCGUUGACGUUUGACAACUACUUUACGUCGACGCUGGUCUGCGUCAGUUUCGGCAGUCCGUACGUUGGGCCAAGGGAGAAACCAUCGGAUCGACCCAGCCCGUUGAACAACCCGGGUCGCGAGCCGUACAUCUGCCGACUGCAAGGCUCCCUGAUCGGACUGGCGUUUGUGAGCUUGCUCGCCUAUCUCAUCGUUCUCACCGUUUCGCUGUUCCGCAUCUUCGUGCGAGUCACUGGCGGAGGCAGGAGAUGA